GUGGACGAUUCAGCGGCCUGCAGCCAUGCGCGGCUUGGCGGAGCGGGGUUCCUGCACCCCAGCGGCCCCGUGCGGGUGCACUCAGCCGGCCCUGGAGACAGGAAAUCUUUUAACUGAGCCAAUAGGCUACUUGGAGUCGUGUUUCUUGGCCAAGAAUGGUACUCCAAGGCAGCCGUCCAUUUGCAGCUACUCCAGAGCCUGUUUGAAGAUCAGAAAGAGCAUCUUUAAUAAUCCUGAGCAUUCGUUGAUGGGCCUGGAACAGUUUUCUCAUGUUUGGAUUUUGUUUGUUUUUCACAAAAACGGCCAUUUGAACUACAAGGCAAAAGUACAGCCGCCUAGGUUGAAUGGGGCAAAGACUGGAGUGUUCUCCACAAGGAGCCCACAUCGCCCUAAUGCAAUAGGACUGACGCUGGCCAAGCUGGAGAAGGUGGAAGGUGGCACUGUAUUCCUGUCUGGAAUUGACAUGAUACACGGCACACCCGUUUUAGACAUAAAGCCCUACAUUGCUGACUAUGACACACCACAGAACUUGAAGCCUCUGGAGGACUUGAAUGUGCAGCAUAACCACCAUAAGCCUAGGGCCGCAUCUCAGUCUGAUGGCACAGCUGACAGUUGUGACCAGCGGCUGCUCCCAGGGUGUGAGAACGCACUGCACUGCCAUAGCGCUGAGGAGAAACUGAAGUGCCUUGAAGACAGGACCCCAGAAGACACCUCCCAGAAGUCCAGAGAUGGCACAGAAACCCGGCACGCUUUGCCUGGGGACAGAGAGAGAACGGUGGGUGUGGCGCUGGAAUCAAGCAGAAGUGCUGGUGUGGAUGUGGCUGAAGAGCAGUGUGGCCCACAGGAUCUGAAGAACUUUCUGGACAAAGGCACAGAUAGGUCAAGGAACAUAGACCGUGCCGUGGUCCUGCAGGGGAACAAUGCAGAGACACAGUGGGCUUCCUUCCAUGCCAGGACAGCUGACAGAGCGCCCUGCAGUGUCGUCCCUGCCUGGGUGAAGGAGGCCCCUGCAGCCUCGUUACAAGUCCGGUUUACUCCUCAUGCGGAGAUGGAUCUGAGGAAGCUCAGUUCAGGAGAUGCGGGUCAGAUGUCAUUUAAAUACUUCCAGUCUGCAGAGGAAGCCAGGCGUGCCAUCGAGGCUGUGCUGUCGGCAGACCCCCGGUCUGUGUAUCGGCGGAAGCUCUGCCAGGACCGCCUUUUCUUCUUCACUGUUGACACAGCUCAUGUCACCUGCUGGUUUGGCCAGGGCUUUGCCGAGGUUCUGCAGAUUAAACUGGCUUCUGAGCCUGUUGAGAUGACUGACCCUGAGGAGUCCUUGGUGGCCCUGGGGUCUUGAGCCCCAUCGUGUAUUUAGACGGCCUCGUUGAUCUCUGGGUGUAGCUGCUUUUGUCCUUUUACUGCUUCAGUUGGUGCCUUUUACAAUAUUUAUUUAUUGUUGUUUGAU